CCAUCUCUCCCCGCGCAGAGAAGCAGUGUUGAGCGUCGCCGAAGGAAGAAGUAGAAGGAGCCGACGGAAGGCGGGCAUGGGAGGAGCUGACGCCGCUACUGCCGCCUCUUCUUUUCCUCCUCCGGGGCCUCAGGAAGGAGCUGUGUGAAGCCAGGGCCUUGGAAUGAAGCGGCGGCGGCGACGUCGGCGGAGGUGGUUGCUGUGAGGAAGGAAGGAAGGAGGGAAGGAAGGAAGGAAGGAAGGAGUGGCGGCUCACAUCUCCUCCUCAGGAGCCCCCGCCGCCAUCAAGAUGGAUGAACAGGAGGCCCUGAAUUCCAUCAUGAAGGACUUGGUUGCACUCCAGAUGAGCCGGCGUCCCAGAUUAUCUGGUUUUGAUAGCAUGAAGCACAAAGACAGUCAUUCCAACAGACAGGUAAAAAAACACAGUACCAGCAACCCAGCUGUCUUGAGCAACCCUGCAAUAACAAAUCAAUGUGUUCAGGCAGGCGAAGACAAACGGGCUCAGACUGAUGUGAGGAUAAAGUUUGAACAUAAUGGGGAAAGGCGGAUUAUUCCUUUUACCCGACCUGUCCGCUAUGAAGAUGUGCAGCAGAAAGUGAAAACAGCUUUUGGUCAACCAUUGGAUCUCCAUUAUAUGAAUAAUGAGUUAUCUAUUCCCUUGAAAAGUCAAGAUGACCUUGACAAGGCAGUAGAUCUUUUGGACCGAAGCUCACAUGUGAAAAGCCUUAGAAUAUUGCUGCUAUCUCAAGACAGAAACCAUAGCAGUUCAUCAUCCCAUUCUAGAAUGCCAAAGCAAGUCAGAAUCAAAACAUCCCAGUCUGUGGGAGAUGUGAGCACUGCUUACCAGCCACCUGAAACCAGAAGCAGGCACCUCUCCAUCAGUUCUCAAAAUACCGGUCGAAGUUCACCCCCUCCAGGGUAUGUCCCAGAGAGGCAGCAGCGAAUUGCUCGUCAGGGGUCUUAUACCAGCAUCAACAGUGAAGGAGAAUUCAUCCCAGAAACCAGUGAUCAGUGUAUGCUGGAUCCUUUAAGUAGCACUGAAAACUCUAUAUCUGGGAGUUGUCAGUCCUUGAGCCAAUCAGGAGACAGCCUUUCCUUCCGAAAAUCCUGCAUGUCCAGGGCUCAGAGUUUCCCGGACAAUAGACAAGACUUCUCAGAUCGUGAGAAUCAAAUCUAUGAAAAAGCAGAAAAAGGUGGAACAUACCCUCGACGUUACCAUGUCUCCAUGCAACAUAAAGAUUACAAUGAUGGCCGAAGGACAUUUCCCCGCAUUCGACGGCAUCAGGGCAACCUCUUCACACUGGUGCCAUCAAGCCGGUCAUUGAGCACCAAUGGGGAGAAUCUGGGCUUGACAGUGCAGUAUCUAGAUCCUCGUGGACGCUUGCGAAGUGCUGACAGUGAAAAUGCUCUCACUGUGCAGGAGAGGAACAUCCCAACCAAAUCUCCAAGUGCUCCCAUCAACUGGAGAAGGGGGAAACUUUUAGGACAAGGUGCCUUUGGUCGUGUGUACUUAUGCUACGAUGUGGAUACAGGUAGAGAACUUGCAGCUAAGCAAGUCCAAUUUGACCCAGACAGCCCUGAAACAAGCAAGGAAGUGAGUGCUUUAGAGUGUGAGAUUCAGCUGCUGAAGAACCUUCAACAUGAGCGCAUUGUCCAGUAUUAUGGAUGCUUGAGGGACCGAGCAGAGAAGACCCUCAGCAUUUUCAUGGAGUACAUGCCAGGGGGUUCUGUCAAAGACCAGCUGAAGGCUUAUGGUGCACUGACAGAGAAUGUGACCCGGAAGUACACUCGUCAGAUUUUGGAAGGAGUCUGUUAUCUUCACAGCAACAUGAUUGUACACAGGGAUAUAAAGGGAGCGAAUAUUCUCCGUGACUCUGCUGGUAACGUGAAGCUUGGGGACUUUGGGGCCAGCAAACGGCUACAGACAAUCUGCAUGUCUGGGACUGGCAUCCGUUCAGUCACAGGCACACCCUAUUGGAUGAGUCCAGAAGUAAUCAGUGGAGAAGGUUAUGGAAGAAAGGCCGACGUCUGGAGCCUUGCCUGUACUGUUGUGGAGAUGUUAACAGAGAAACCGCCUUGGGCCGAGUAUGAAGCCAUGGCAGCGAUUUUCAAGAUUGCCACACAGCCAACAAAUCCCCAGCUGCCUUCUCACAUAUCAGAAACAUGCCGAGAUUUCCUCAGACGAAUCUUUGUGGAAGCCAAGCAAAGACCUUCAGCUGAAGAGCUGCUCCAGCAUCCCUUUGCAGAGCUCCCAUACUGAAUCUUCUCCCUCCCACUGCAAACAGCACUUCUCCCUGACAUUUGACACUCAACCUUCUGAAGAGGCUGAGCAGCAGCAAUAGCAAAGUGUCAGUCCCAAAGGCCUAAAAAAGCAUGGUGUGAGAAGAAAGCAAGGAUGUCAGUUGCUUUUAGGUUGAUACCUUUCAGCUAUUCUACAUCUACAUCCCUGCCUUUGUUGGGAUGCAGACAUGACGCCAUGAUGUGCCUCCAUAUGCUGGAAGAAGUCUGGGGGCCAUUUUAUUUGAAUGUAGCUCUGUGCCAAAAGCUGGACCAAAGUGGAAGAUGAGGAUUUAUCAUUUGUGGUAACAGCUAAGAUCCAAAACUUUGUGUGCUGGGAUCAUGCUUUUAUUCUGUUUCACAACUCCCAGGACCUUACCAAGUCAUGUGCCACAGAAAACAUGCACUUCAAUAUUAUAUAUAAUAAUAAUUAUAUAUUUUUCUUAAGUAUUCAGCAUCUGAAAGUUUUCAGAAAAUAUUGAUUUAGAAAAACAUGUGAAUAGUAUUGUUUUAUAAUGGUGAACUGAAGAGCUGGGGGCAAGGUGUUUUGUUCCUUCAUUCUGUUUCUUUUUCUUUACCUUUAUCUAUUUCUUAUCCAAAUGUCUGGAUGAUGAAAUAGGGGUUCCAAUGGAACACAAACACAGUGGAGCCAAAGCAGUGAAGGCUUCCUGCAUGAAACAAGGGAAUCAAACUUUCUUUUUCAUUACUGGGCUGUUCGAGGUGCAAUUCAGGAGUGUGCAUUCUGUGCCUAUGCAAUAACUGUGUGCUAACACAGGAUUUAGUUAUCUGGCACAAAACUCAGCAUCCUGGGACUCAAUACUUUUAACUUUUUUAUUUAUUUUUUUAAAAAUUAAAAGCAAGUUUCUAAUCUUUAUAGCUAUAGAGAAACUAUAAAUGCUGAAAAUAUGGAAGGUGCCUUGUGACUUCCCAGAAGCCACAAGAUACCGAGGAGUUGCUGGUUGGGGCAGAUGUUCAGUGUUCCUUCCAGGAAUAGCAAAAAGCCAAAUGAUCAAACUCAAGGAUAUAUAUGAAAUGUUACUUUAUUAGCAUAAUUUAUUCUGAUCAUAGAACUUGCCAUUUUAUGGGUUAUUUUAGCACAUGCACUCAAAUGAUGGGAAUGAAUGUGAAAAACGCCUGGCAUUCAUGUGUUUCCCCAUGCAUAGCUGUUGUUGGCAGCUGAGGAAAGCACUCUGCAUUGGAGAACCACCACUGCAGCCAUCCCAUGAAAUAUCCCGACUUGCAUCCCUGUAAGGCAAUGAACUCGCCUUUACCUCCAUUUAAUUGCUUCUUCCAUCCUUCUGCAGAAGAGCCACUAGUGCCAUAAUUAAUUUUUUUGCCAGCACUCCUAAGCAAAUAGGAUUUCAUUGUUGCCAAGAUUUAUUUCAGGGAAGGGCAAAAAGCUGAGCUGAGAGGACUUCUGUAUUCCAUGUUGAGCAGAGUCAUAUUUAGGCAUCUGUUAGAGUUCUUUGUUUUGCCCAUCUGCAAUCACUAAUAUUGAAUUUUCAGAAUACACUUGAAUGAAAUCAUUUUUUUUCAGUGGAACUUUUGUGAUGCAAGCAGGACAGGGAAUUUGAACAUAUAAGCAAAAAAUUAUGACUAUAUUUAAAGAGUAAGAUCUGCUAGUUUCAAAUGCUGAAUUAAUUCUUGAUCAGGAAUCUUGGUAUUGUUUUCUGAGGAGCACCUGAAUAAUGUAAUUUGGUGCAAUCUGGAAAUUGUCUCCAGUCUGACUCCACUCUUUCAGGCUUUGAGCUGCUAAUACAAAUAGCCUUGUUUGUCCUUUAAAGUUUGGACUUAAUAUGUUCACACAGGGCCACGAUAAGAAAAAAGUUGCCAUCCUUUAUGGAACUCAUGUAUAUUCCAGUUCUGUUUAAAGUUUCAAGCACUCACUUCCUAGGACAGAUGAAGGAUGUAACCAGUGUGUUAUGUUGCAAACAGUAUUGCAAAUAUUAAAUUUCUGCUCUCUGCUCUUGGUGCAUUUUGGCCACCCAUAUUCCAACUAAAGUACCUUUAGUUUGACAACACCCUUUC